GCGUCACUUCCUUGCCCAUCCCAACGAGGAGGGGGGAAAAAAAGAAAUAUCCGAGUACAGCGCCGCCAAGAAAUUGGCUACGAGGGGGGAAAAAAACACAAGAAAAUAGGAUUUUAAAGGAAGUCUGGAUCUGGGGGAAUAAGAAGUCGUAGUGUGAAUAGGAUUCAUCUACAUAUUUGUCUAAUUCCAAUGCCGCUCCACAAGUCGGGCCGGGGUCACCGCCUGGAUCCCACCAUGAUAUCUGCCCCGCUUGGCGACUUUCGCCACACCAUGCACAUCGGCCGUGGCGGAGACGCCUUCGGAGACACCUCCUUCUUGUCUAGUCACGGCCCCUCCAACACAGAGUCUUUUAAGUCCAUCACUUCUCCAGUGGAGGCCACCGUCAACUCCACAGAAGUGAGGCUAAAUCAUGAAGUUGAAAGCGAACCCCCUGAUGAACCAUUCACAGAACUCCAGCACUCAGAAUCAGUCUCGUCCUUCGAUCUGGACCUAGACCUGGGCCCAUCCAUUUUGGGAGAUGUGCUGGGAGUGAUGGAUGGACUGGGUUUGGGCAGCAAGUGGACGACAGGCAACGAAGGCGAAGAAGAAGUGUUUAUUUCCGGUAAGAGCAGUGCAGAUGGUGGGAUAUCACCCAAUGGUGCAACCUGUGAGCUGAACGAGAAGAGGAUAGACAGCCUGAACAGAGGAGAGGAGCAUCUAAACGAUGUCAACGGAAUCAGAUCUAAGGGCCUCCGGCCCAAGGUGCGAUUUAGCGACAGAAAAGAGGAGAUCGUUGGUCGGCAGUAUGUAGGUGGUGAAUUAGAGCUGGAAUGUGAGAAGGAAACAAGUACAGGUCCAGAUAGGGGUUUGGAGGUGAGGGCUGAAGGAAUGGCUAAUAAAGGAGCAGUGAAACCAGAGCUGACGAAUCACCGGCCAGACAUCAGUCCCAGUCCAUCUUCUUCAGUGAGCUCAGAAUAUGAAGGCAUCUCCCCGUUGGACAGGAGGAGAGAGGAGGAUCAUCUGUCAGAGUCGGAUUCAGACGAAGAGGGCGUCGCAGGAGAGCAGGGCUAUACAUUUGAGGACGAGUCGGAUGAUGAGAUCGGCCUUUAGGAGUCUGUUGCUGGGUAUGUAAAGACCAAGCACAGAAAAGCAUGCGCAACAUGCCUUUCUGAAUAACAUAUAAAGGGAGAAACAACCAAAGUGAAAACACCUCUACAAAACAGGAGGAACUGGACUUGUAGUUAAUAGAAAAAUGUUAUAAACAUAAAUAGAGGUUGAAAAAUGUAUAAAAAUUACUUUUCAAUGCUCUAAGAUAAACAAUAGUUUUUCAUGAAAAAUAAUGUUUUUUGGGGUAGAACUGUAGUAUUAUAAUGAAAUGCCAUUUCUAUUAGUACUAUUAGUCUCACUAAAGCCCUAAAUAAUGGAAAACUUUUAAUAUUUAAUAUUGUAAAACAGUCUUGAUAAACAGUUAUAAUGGGUUUAAUAUUGUUGCUAUCAUACAUUGUUAAACUGGGAUCUCUUAAGUUUUAAACCAUAUUACCUGGGACAUGUAGACAUGCCGUCUAUUUUUACUUGUUUCAUAAACCAUCUCAAUACAGCAGUAAGAGGUCGAGCCAAAUACCAGUAUUUUUACAAACGUUGGUUCACAAUUUUAUGUCCUUUAGUGUAUUAGUCUCUUUUUAAAGAAACACCAUAUUAUUUUUUUAUUACUAUAGGCCAAAAGUAAAGCGAGAAGCUUUCAUUUACUUAAACAAAUUUAUUCUAAUUAAUGUUUUUAAUUCUGUUACGAGAAUACAUGAGUGAAUUGUGGUAUCUGUGUAUAAAUACACUAUCGGCAAGUACGUUGUUGCUAAGGUAAAAAAAAACAUGUCAAGUAAUGUCGGUGUAAUAUUCAUAGUGGCAUUUUUAAAAAAAAGCCAGCUGGUCUUAACUGAGCUAUAUGCGUGAGCUCUGGAGAGUUUACUGGUGAAUUCUGGGUGUUCCUGUGAGAGCGAUAAACACAAUGGGUGGAAAAAACAGUGGGUGGACAUCAUGCUUCUAGUUCGCAGGUGCUCGGCUUACUACAACCAGCACAGUUUGAGAUAGUGCUUAUUGCUAUUGCUCUGCUUCACUUUAGGGAGUUUGGUGUAAUCUGACACACAGCCUGGUAUCUGCUGUUUUUGAGCUUAAGGUACAUGGAGAGAAUACAGUAUCCUGAUACUGAAAGAACAUUGAAAAUAAAACAGUUGGAAAAGCUAAUAUAAAAAAAAUGCUGUUUAACUAAUUUAAAAACUGACUUUUAUGGUUCUCUGUACAUUUUCACUGCUAAUCUGUGCAGCAUUACGCCGAGGACACGCUCCCGGCCUCAUCCUGAAGUGUCAUCACUUCUAGUGGUCCGUGCACGUGACAUUUGUGUAUUCACUUCUCUGUUUAGAUAAAGGGAAAGGUUGUAAGGAUUGUUUAAGGUGAUAGCAAUAUUGUAUGCAUUAUCGAGUACAUCGUCAUGUAUGUCGAUGAUCAGCGCAUGCCUGUAAAGCAGAGGAUGAAACUUAGUGUGCUUUUACCACUUUAAAUAACUAUGUACCUAUUUUAAACUGACUUCAAUUAUAUCUGUUUGAUUUAAUAACCAGUCAUUGGAGUUUACAUGUCUCAUAGUGACCACCACACCUAUUAAAAGACCUGUGUAUUCCCUCUGAAAUAAAACCUUUAGAGCCAAAUCAGAAUAGCUGGAGAACUGCCUACUGGUUUAAACUGGAUGUAUUGGGAGGUAAUUGUGGGAAUUACUUAGUAAUUGUAGGAAUUACUUAUUGUUAGGUAAUUGCUUAGUUUCACAGGAUUUGUUUAAAGUAUCAAACUGCAUGACUUUUUUUUUUCUCAAACAAUGUCUUAAAUGUUUCUUUUUAUAAAAUAACCAUCUAUUCACUUGUAAAUAACUCGAUAUAAUAAUUAAACACCUGACAGUUUGGUCUUGGGGUGUUUUUUUCUUUUAUGUCCUUACACAUAUGAAUCAUGUUUUAAGAGUAUCUCAUCUAAGACUCUAAGCUAUAUACACCGAUCAGGCAUAACAUUAUGAGUAGUGAUGGGUGAAGUGAAUAACACUGAUGAUCUCCUCAUCAUGGCACCUGUUAGUGGGUGGGAUAUAUUAGGGAGCAAGUGAAGAUUUUGUCCUCAAAGUUGAUGUGUUAGAAGCAGGAAAAAUGGGCAAGUGUAAGGAUUUGAGUGAGUUUGACAAAGUGCCAGAUUGUGAUGGCUAGACGACUGGAUCAGAGCAUUUCCAAAACUGCAGCUCUUGUGGGGUGUUCCCGGUCUGCAGUGGUCAGUAUCUAUUAAAAGUGGUCCAAGGAAGGAACAGUGGUGAACCAGUGACAGGGUCAUGGGCGGCCAAGGCUCAUUGAUGCACGUGGUGAGUGAAGGCUGGCCAGUGUGAUCCGAUCCAACAGACGAGCUACUGUUGCUCAAAUUGCUAAAGAAGUUAAUGCUGGUUCUGAUAGAAAGGUGUCAGAAUACACAGUGCAUUACAGGUCAGGGCUGUUUUUGCAGCAAAAGGGAGACCACACAAUAUUAGGCAGGCGGUCAUAAUGUUAUGCCUGAUCGGUGUCUAUCCUCCACUAUUAUUUUACAUAGGUAAUCAGUUUGCAAGAUGAACUGAUCUCGAUUUUUAAAGCCACUUCAGUCACUAACAGCCACUUUUUUACAUUAUAACGUUUAACCUUUGCACAGCCUUCAGCAGACGAAUCGAACUUUCAGUCGAAACAAUACAGGCAGACGGUGUAACAGACAUUACAUCACAAAUCACCUCACCUUCCAGUUGAGUUUCAAAAGACUUGUUUUGAGCCACAUUGUUAACUUCAAAUGCAGACAUUCAGCUGAAAUCUCAAAAAUGCUGUUAGAUUUGGAGCUUAGUUACAUCGCUAGGUACUGACAGCAUUCCAGACUAUAAAUAAAUAUUUGGGCCGCUGUCAUUUUAAAGAAAAGGUACCACAACAUUAUAGUCAAAAAUAUCUCUCGAUCCAGAUUUUCACUUUCAUGUGCAACCGUCAUUUAACCGAUAAAUCACUCCGCAUGGUGCUGCUUAAACCCUUGCCAAAUUGAAAUAUAUUACCUCAGAAUCACUAUUUAAAUGCAACCCGGUUUAUAACGUCCACUGUGAACGGCCAAACAGAAACCAACCCUGCUGUUUUAGUAGCUAAUGACAAUCAGUUGUGUAAAUUAGUUCAGUAACCACUCUGUGACGAUGAUGAUGUCGUAAAUCAGAGAGCAGAAGGAGUACUGCUUUUCUGAUUAAACUAUUUGUUAAACCAGUUCUGCCUGUAAGCUCUUGAAGUACUUGCGUUUAUGUGUACACCAUGGAAGACUGCACUUCAUGUAUGUAAUGCUUUUGGUAUUGACAUUAUCUUUCUGAUAUUGAGAUCUGCAAUAAUAAAUAUAUUUCUUUACUUCCUA